AUGUGCCCGGAUGGUCUGGAAAAGACGGAGGUCCAGCAGCUGAUGAAUGAAUUAUUCAACUUGUCUGAUGACAAUUUCAUAGGAGACAUUGACCGGUGCUCGGUGUACGUAUCGCUGGCACCUGGUAUGGAGAAUCCCGCUGGGAUGGAUCCAUCAGAGGGCGAUGCUGCUCGGUGUCCUCAAUACACCAGCAGUGAGGAGGAACAGAACCGCCCCACGCCGACCACUGAAGCUAGGGUGGCCGGGAAGAGGCCGAUGGCUGUGGAGCCAUCCCGAACGGAGGCGUUGCCGGGGGAGACCAGCCAGGCCCCGAAGCGUCGCCGGCUCGUGAGGAUCGCCGACGACGAGGAAGAAGAGGACGAAGCUGCUCCGUCUUUGGUCCGAAGGCCGCGCAGUCGGCCUGACGUCACGCCGAUCCAUGCUGGUCAGGUGACCAGUGAUCCUCCUGCCCCACACACCGAGCCGACACGACUUGGAGGGGCAGAGGCGGCAGCGGUGACUGGUAGGACCAGGAGGAGGUUCUUCACAGCGACGCACAAGAGCUGUGACCUUGCGGUAUCGGAUGUUGAUCCAGGCAACGUCGCCGGCCAGAGAACAGCCGAGCCGGCGAUUGCUGUUAAAAACGCCACCGAGCAGCCCAUCCAGGAGCAAACCGAGGAGCAGCCCGCGACUGUGACCGUGGCGGAGACCGUCGAGGAGGACCUAGCUGAGGCGAGGGCCGGGGCGAAGCUUGCCGAGACCGAUGAGGCGGCAAGGGUGGAGCGCGCUGCCAAGCGGCUCGUCGAUGAAGUUAAGGCCCUGACCACGGAGGUAGACCACCUUCGGUCGGAGGCCGAGGAGAAGGCGGCCGAGAAGGCAGCUCAGGAAGAGCGCCUGCUCGAUCUAAACCGGCGACUAGCCGACAAGGAUCGGGACAAGAAAGAUCUGGAGGAGGAGAUUGAGCGCCUCCGAGAAGAAAGGGAGCGGCUCGACCAGGAGCGUGCCGGUGCGCUAGAGGCCGGGCGCCAGGCUGGCGAGGAGCUAAAAAACAAGAGUCGGGAGUUGGCUGUGCUUAAAGUCAACACUAAGAAGCACCUCGAAGAGCUGGUCAAGGACCGGGACUCCUGGAAGACCAACUGUAUCAAGAUCUUGAAAGGAGCGGCCCCGAACUUUGCUUAUGAAGUAUACGAGCCUCUGGACUUUGUAGACGUGGCCUGGUUCGACCCGCUCAACCACGAGCACCGUGGAGACGACCCGAUCAGUCGCUGCUAUAUAGAGGAGCAGGUCCUCGUUAGGUUGAGGCACGGUGAGGAUGGGUGGUGA